GUAUUAAUUUGGUUUGUAAAUUGAUCACAAUGGACUUUUAGAGUGUUGAAGGAUUGAGCGUCAUACGCUUCUGCCUAUUCUUUUUUAUUGGCUGUUUGUGUAUUCUGUACAUAUUUUUGUAAAUCAUGGAAAUGACAAACUAAACCAGUAAACCUAAACCAUCUACUGACGUUGUUAGGGAUAAUUCUGAGUUAAGCUAGUAUUUUAGCAACAUGCUAUCUUUUUUGGCUAAUUUUUCAUCUCCUGAGUUUUUUUGGCUGAUUUUGAGUUAAACUAAUAUCUUAGCAACAUGUUAGCUUUUUUAAGGACAAUUUGACAUCUAGUGAAUUUUUUUAAGCUAAUUAGGAGUUAAGCUAGUAUUUUAGCAACAUGCUGGCAUUUUUGGAUAUUUUGACAUAUACUGAGAGUUUUUGGGCUUAUUCUUUCUGCAAGUUUAAGUCCUUUAGCAACUUUAGCAUUAUGCAAAUACCUUUAGCGUUUUAAACACAUCCCUUUAGCAAUUAAAGUCAUUUUUUUCAUCAUCUUCAGCGACAACAUUCAGCAAAAAGCAUUCACUGCAGGUAACGCAACUUUUCUAGUAUGCCUUAUAUUUCUACUUGAAAAAGAAAAGGGAAGAAUUUGAUGUAUAGAGGCCUUUAACAAAGUCAGAGAUGAAUUUCUGAACCAUAAAAAAACUCCCUAAUGGACAACAAGGUACCCCCAAAAUGACUGAAAUUUAAGGGAAUUUGACAGAAACCUAAAUGGGGAAAAUGCCAAUAAAAAAGUAAUAUUUAAAUAUAUUAUCCUGUUUUGUUUGCUGAAUUUUCAUCAAAUCUCAAACCCAGGUGGGACACCAUGGUCAGUCAACCCCUCAGACUCAUAUCCGGCUGAGUUGACCUGUAAGAACUGGGUUUGAUGUGUUUUAACUGGCAGAUAAUCUCGGUUUGCCCCACUUGGAGACACUGGACAAGCGCACUGAUUACGCACAGCGUGCGCCGACUGUAUGUGAGGACCAGAUUGCUUUUUUUUUGGGAGGGGGGGACCUCUGUCUCUACUUUUUUUUUUUUUUCCUCGACUGUGCAAUUUCCUUUUCAAUCACGACGGGUGUACAGCUUGCACAAGCGCCACUAUUGUGAUGCAAAGCAGGAAAAACCUCCUCUCGUUAUUAAUUAUGUAUGCGUAAAAUGACGGAAUCGUGCGCCUAGAGUUAACUGGCGCACAUGUUCCACGCAACUGUGGCUUUAUUUUACAUGUUGUGCUUAGUUAUUUCCAUUUAUUCUAGUUCAUGGAUCAUGUUUUACACAAUUUGAUUUUUUUCUUGAAUUUGAACUAAUUUUGAUUCAUAAACAUUUCACUUUUACCGGUUUUUUUUGUUUUGUUUUUUUGCAGGAAUCAAAGCCCCCGUCAGUCAAAGAAUACACACAAAGCUGAGGCACGUGUAGAUUUUUAUACAAACCCAUCAGACCGUAAAAGCAAGAGGCUCCUGGCGUGUGCCCGGGUCGAGACGCCGAGAAGAGGAGGGUGUGUGUCAGUCAGAAAGUGUGUGUGUGUGGCUGAAGAGGAGGAGGAGGAGAAGGAGGGGGUGUAAAUACAAUAAAGCCCUCAGGUACAUCUGCUUUGCAAUCUGCAAAUCCUCCACUACCCCUCCUCUCCAUCAGUCCCUCCAUCCUCCCCAAAUCCACAGGGGACCUCGGCUUUAUCUGAUUGGUCGGGCAUGAGGCAACAAGGGGGGGACGGAAACAAUGUCAUCAUGUUGCCUUAAAAAGAGUGCAGCUAUGUUGUAGUGUGAUCACCUCGGGAGGAGCGCACUGGAUCAAUAUUCAGAGGGAAAAAGACGCAUUAGAUGUUGGUCUGAAAGUGGAUUUUUAUUUUUUUCCUUUCUCGCAUCAGCAUCCAAAGUGCCUUCAGCGAACAUGCCCAGAGGAUUUCUGGUGAAAAGAAACAAGAAAACCACCCCGGUGUCUUACCGGGUCCGCUCUGAUGACGAGGACGCCGUGGAUGCGCCGCCGCAGCUGCUGCCUCCAUCCUCCUCCUCAUCCAUCCCGGUGCGCACUCCAACGCCCAGCUUCGGCGCUGCCGCCACCGCUCCGGACCAGGAUGCUCGGCCGGUCCAAUUCGGUAACCCCGAGACGGUGUACCGAGGUCUCUACAGCCCCACUCGCCCCGCCAGCCAGGACCAUGACCGCUACCUGGAGAGGCGCUUCAACCUCGGAUCGCCCGUUUCGGCCGAAUCUUUCCCCACGCCGGCCGCACUCACAGCUUUGGAUCACCUCUUUGCGCCCGUGGACCUGAAGAUCGGCUCCAGCACCAGCAACCACGCCGAAGCCAGGGCCUCGUUCUCCGGGAAGCUCCCCGUGGCCGGGUCCAAACGGCCGCCCGGCGACCCGGAGCGCAAAGGCAAACCGGCCUCCAAGAAAACCAAAGCCAUCCGGAAACUGCACUUUGAGGAUGACGUCACCACAUCCCCGGUCCUCGGGCUCAAGAUCAAAGAAGCCCCGGUGGAGAAGCAGAACGCGGGUGACCAACACCCGCUGGGGGAGUUUGUGUGCCAGCUGUGCCGCGAGGCGUACGCAGACCCGUUCUCCCUGGCCCAGCACAAGUGCUCCAGAAUCGUCCGCGUCGAGUACAGGUGUCCCGAGUGUGACAAGGUGUUCAGCUGCCCGGCCAACCUGGCCUCUCACCGGCGCUGGCACAAACCGAAGCCUCACCCGGACAGCGCCAAAGCUGCGCCCGACGACGCGAAGGACUGCAGCGACAGGGACACGCCGAGCCCGCAGCCGUCCGAAUCCGGCUCCGACGACGGCCUGUGUGACUGUACCCAGUGCGGGAAAAGGUUCAAGCGCCAAGCCUACCUGAGGAAGCACCUUGCGUCACAGCACGGCUCCCCAAAACCCGCGCGCGAGGAGGAGGAGGCGCGCGCCUGCGAGCCGAGCGGCGCGCCGCUCAACCUGAGCGCCUCCAACACCUGUCACCUGUGCCCCGUCUGCGGGGAGAGGUUCAGCAGCAGGGGCAGCCAGGAGCGCCACAUCCGCCUGCUGCACUCCUCACACAUGUACCCCUGCAAAUACUGCCCCGCCGUCUUCUACAGCUCCCCCGGACUCACCAGGCACAUCAACAAAUGCCACCCGUCCGAGAACCGGCAGGUGAUCCUGCUGCAGGUGCCGCUCCGCCCCGCAUGCUGAUCAGUCCGGCUUUGUUCCACACAAAAAGUAGUUACCAGAAACUUAAAAAAAGGAUUCUAUUCACAUCAAAUCCUCACAUUAUGUUUCAAGUUUGCAAUAAAUUGAUCAAAUAUUUUCAUUUAUGAAACAUUUGGAAAAUUCUGUGCCUCCAUCUCCUCCACAGCAUCAGACUGUGGAUGAAGAUUUAUUCUCACUCCUCCGCACAAGUGCUAUUAGCUCCUAGACCUAAGAGAGGGAAUGACCUACGAAGCCCAGAGGUCACAGGCCCGAUCAGACCUUCUCAGCUUUAACACAUAGCUUAUGGAUCCGAGGAUCAGUAGCUGUCGCCUAAAAAAAACAACCCGAGUGAAACUAGUGUAGCCGGUAAUGCCUUCGGAUUAGAAACUCCUGCUGUAAAACUGCCUUAAAGUCAUCCGAUUGUUUUUGAUCGCCUAUUUAUUGUUGGCUGAGCGUUUUCCACAAAGCCUUCUGUGUUGCCAAUAGUGUACGACGUGUAAUCUCUUCUUUAUUUAUUUAAUUUAUUUGUGUAACUUAUUAUUGUGAAGUCAAACCUGUAAUUUGUUGUGUUUUUUUACCAUGAUGUGGCCAAAUCAUUUGAUUUUCCUUAAUUUAUAUGAUAAAGAACAGUGUGUUCGUACUACAAUCAAUGAACUGAAUGCAAUCAUGUUUGUACUUGAUUACUUUUCUUAUUUGCUUUUGUUUUGUUGUUUUUGCCUUUCCUUGUUAGCUCUGCUUUGGAUGUUUCUGCUGCGUUCUGCUAAAUGUCCAAAAACAAUAAAGCCAAACAGAAAUAGACUUUUAGAAAGUGUCUUUCUUUAAACACUCAAGUUUAUUUCAAUAUAUAUUUACAUAUAUGCACACAUUUGGUCAAAUUAAACAUACAAAAGUCACAAGAGGAGCACAAACUAUGUACCAAGUACCAAAAUGAUGCCAAUUCUGAACUAAAAUAUUCAUAAAAAAGUGUAAAUUAUACAAAAAUUCUAAAAUUGAACAAAUAUAAUAAAAUACAUAAAUGACAAUGAGA